AUGUUUAAACAGAAAAACAUUUCUCUUGAAAUAAUUUUAGAUGACUUUAGCGGCAUUAUGUAUGGAAAUCCUGAAGAAUCUAUUGGAUGUAAACUAAAAGGGAAAUUGGUUCUUAAAAAUCAAAAGCCUAUUUCGCCAAAACAUUUAAUAAAAAUUCCUCCUGGAACCUAUGAAUAUGAAUUCGACUUUGAUAUUCCUGGCUAUUUACCUUCAUCAUUUAAAGGUGCACGUGGAAAAAUUGAAUAUUCCUGUAAUGCGAUCCUUGCUCUUCCAUUAUUUCAUAGUAAUAUUUUGGUAAAAAAACCGGUUACUCUAAAAAGGUGUCUUAUAAAUGAAGAAAUACCAUUAUCUAAUCAAUCUAAUUUCAACGAAGGAAUUCUGGAUGAUCGGAUUCAAUUCCAAAUUAGUACUCCCAUUAUGGCUUAUCGUGAAGGUGGUCUAGUUUCCGCAAAUUUAAAUUUAAAACCUUUAAAUUCUGAAACUUUUUUUGAAUCUAUCGAAUAUGGUAUAAAAGAACAAAUUCAUUAUCAUACGACUGAAAGUUAUGCAAAGACAUUCAUUGCAAGUGUUAAAGAAGAUAAAUUUCCACUUGGAACGAAAACAAUACUUUUAGAUCAAUUCUUUCACAACUCUUCGGAUCCUAUAUCUAUUGAUUUUCGACUCUGCCCUUGGGUUAAUUAUUCUCAUCCAAAUGAUUCAACACAUAUUAGUCGCAGAUUUUCUUCUCCUGCAGGUCCACCUCCAGUCGAACGUCGUAGAUCCCUCCGUGCCCGUUCUUUAUUACCUUCUUCGAAUUCCAGAACAUUUUCUAUUUCUAGUUACUUAUCACAAUCAAGAACUGAACGAAAUACUAGAAAUACUAGAAAUGAAUCAAAACCUAAUACUAAAUCAUUGAACAUUGAAAUCCCUAUAAUUAUUACUACAAAACCCCAUACACCAAGACAACAAGCUCCUUCUUAUAGUUCCGUUGAUGAACCACCUGCAUACAUUUAUGCUUCGAUGAUACCCCCUCCACCUGAUUAUUGUGCAGGUUAUUCGGAAUCUAGUGAUGAAAAUUUUAUAUCAUGUUUUUUGAAUUCGGAAAUGAUUGUUAAAACUUCUACUUUAUUUAAAUAUGAAAAACCAUUAAGUCCACAUCUUGCUGUAGAUAAAAGUUUGGUACCUAAAGAUGAUGAUGUAUUGCUGGCUACAAAAAGUCAUAUAACUGAAUGCGCGAUCGAUGCUAGUCACGGUGGGGGAACUUUGUUUUUAGAAACAGCAGGGGUGACUAGUCCAAUUAUACCUCUUCGUCUUCCAACAAUUUUAAUCGGUGAUAGUAAUUUAGGUGGAAUAUCAACAACAAUUUCUUCCUUCGAAUCCUUACGUUUACAUGAUUUUAAUAAUAUUUUGGAAAGUUUGGAAAAUUGGCAUAAUGCAAGGUUCAAUAGAUUAAAUGAGAUGGCAGAACGUAGCAAAGAAGUUGUUUGGUGGCCUUUUACACAACAUGAAAAGGUUGAUAAGGUUAACGUCAUUGAUUCAGCAUAUAAGGAUUUUAUGAUUAUUUAUGAUAAGGAAGGUGAUAAAAAUUCGAAGAAUGAUGGAAAUAUGAAAGAAAUGUUUGAUGCUUCGUCGAGCUGGUGGACACAAGGUCUAGGCCAUGGUUCAUCAAAAUUAUCAUUAUCAGCAUCAUACGCGGCCGGAAGAUACGGUCAUGUACUUUUUCCUGAAUGUAUUCAUGAACCUUCUCUCUCACUUUCACAAACUUUAUUAAAUACAAUAGGAAAUAAUUGGGCAACUCGUGUAUUUUUUUCUGAUAAUGGUAGUACAGCUGUAGAAGUUGCGUUAAAAAUGGCUUUACACUCUACUUGGAAAAGAUAUUUUAAUGAUCAAGAUGAUGAUUUUCAAAAAAUAAAAAUUUUGGGUUUACACGGUUCUUAUCAUGGUGAUACUAUUGGUGCUAUGGAUGCUUGUUAUCCAAAUCCUUUUAAUAAAGCAGUUUCUUGGUACGAACCAAGAGGAAAAUGGUUUCAUCCACCGCGAAUUUUGUUAAAAAAUAAUGUUUAUAAUCUACAUAUACCUUUUUCAAAUCAAAUAAUACAUUAUCCUUCAUUAUCAUCAAUAUUUUCUUCAGAACGAUCAAUUUCAGAUCCAGUUUCUUUAAUUUAUAAAAAUCAUAUUAAAGAAACCAUUACUCGUUAUAUUAAAGAAGGAAAUAAAUUUGGUGCUUUAAUAUUUGAACCAAUUGUAAUGGGUGCAGGUGGUAUGAUAUUUGUUGAUCCAUUAUUUCAAAAAUUACUUGUAGAAUUUGUUAGAGAAUGGGAUGGAUGGAUUGAAAAUUGGGGUGAUAAUAUGAAAAACGAAAAAAAUGAUAAUAAUGAUUGGAAAGGAUUACCUAUUAUUUAUGAUGAAGUUUUUACAGGCUUUUGGAGAUUAGGUCAAUUAAGUGGUGCUAAAGCGUUGGGUGUGACCCCAGAUAUAGCGUCUUAUGCUAAAUUAUUAACGGGUGGUUUAAUACCAUUGGCGGUAACUUUAACAUCUUCAUCAAUAUUUUCAACCUUUCUUGGUAAAAGUAAAUUAAAUUCAUUACUUCAUGGACAUUCUUAUACUGCACAUCCAAUCGGAUGUAUGGUGGCUAACACGUCGCUUGAAGAAUAUGAAAAUUUAAAUAAAACUAGUAAUGAUUGGAAAAUUGGAAGAGAAAAUUGGAAUACUAAUGAGGAUAAUCAAUUUUGGAGCAUGUGGAGUAAAGAGGUUGUGGGAAAAAUAUCGUGCAUGGAAAAUGUUGAAGGUGUAUUUGCAUUAGGAUCAUUAUUGGCGAUUGAACUAAAGGACGUUCAUAAAAGUGGUUAUUCGUCGGAUGUUUCAUCAACGAUUAUAAACCAACUUUCAAGCGAUUCUGACGAUAUUUCAAUAUUAGCAAGACCUUUAGGAAAUGUCAUCUAUUUUAUGACUUCAAUGAUUAGUAAUAUUGAAAGUAUUAGAAAAAUGGAAGAAAAAAUUUUAAAUUGUUUAAAUAAAAAUUUAUAA